AUGCACGUUAUCACCACCCUCACCCACCUCCUGCCCCCACCCCCUCAUCACCAUCAUCACCGCCACCACCAUCGACACCACCCUAGCGCCCACUAUUCAUCCCACGCCAUUGUUCCACUCUUUGUGACGGAGCCUCCUGUGUCCAGGACCCACUCGAUUGGUUCUGUCGUCUCUUUUGAUGAUGGUUCUUGCCCAGCUGCCCCAAAGCCCUUUGAAGGUAUCCCCAUGCCUCCUCUCUACGUAAAGCCUGAGAAACUCUUUGUGAAGAACAACGAAGACUUUGAAUUGCCCGUCCCGACCGUUUCUCCCUCCAUGGCGGCGGACAAACCAAUUGUGGAGCCUGACGUCGCUGUGCUUGGCAGUGUCCCCGAUCGCUCUCCCACCAAGGAAGAAACUGCCAUUGAUGCCAUGCUGUCUCUCCGCUCUGCCAGCUUUGGUGUCUAG